GCAGAGGUGAUGGGUCAGGCUUAGGCUCAGGCUGUAGUGACAGCAGCUGCGUGCCGGUCUCCUGGAGUUCCUGAAGGAUGGAGCCUGGGUUUUUUUUUUUUUUAAUUUAUUUCUAAAUUUCCCCCCUUUUCCCUCUGUGUUGGUCAUUUGCCGUUGUUAUUUUUGGCAUGUUUUAUAAUUUUCAGUUGCUUUUCAGAAUAUAGAUAGCAUACUGUACAUUCUCUAUAUGAUGUUCCCACAAAAGUGCUGUUUUUGUUUUUUAGUUAUAAAGCACUGUGUCCGGAAUUGGUGGAUUCUUGGUCUCACUGACUUCAAGAAUGAAGCCGCGGACCCUCGCGCUUUGCUGUGGUGCAAUGGUGACUAUCUGUCAAGGCCUGGGCUGAGGAGAGAGGCCUCCGAGCAGUUUAAUGAGGCAUCAUGGGGGAUAAAAACAAACACAUUGCUGAAUAUUUCAAAUGAUCAUUCCAAGGCUGCUAUCUCAUUCAAUCAUCAGAAGAAACCGAUAGGGCAUUUCUCCAUGAAAAAAAUAGCUCUAAAAACAGCUAGAGGAGACGUCUGCUUAUUAUAACUGGCCUCUGCCAAAGGCUUACUUUUAAUUGUGAUAGAGCCAGGCCUUCUCUUUCCAGAACUGGUGGAAGACAAAUGAAACGGCCAAGAUGGUAAGAAACAAGACGCAUUUCUCCUUGGGGAGACUGAUAAUUUAAAAGGUUUGUUGUGUCAGAAACAUUCCCAGCUUCAUCACCAACCCUUUCCUUCCACCUCUGCCCACUGGAGACCACUUAUAUCCCGAAGCGGACGUGACAGCUGAAGUCAGGAAACCAUGCAUCACAUUAGCAGGAGCCAACUGCAGACUUUAAACUUCGUUCAACAUGUGGAUGCGGCAGAGAAAUGACCUGUCCAGACAAGCCGGGGCAGCUCAUAAACUGGUUCAUCUGCUCCCUGUGCGUCCCGCGGGUGUGUAAGCUCUGGAGCAGCCGGCGUCCAAGGACCCGGAGAAACCUUCUGCUGGGCACUGCCUGUGCCAUCUACUUGGGCUUCCUGGUGAGCCAGGUGGGGAGGGCCUCUCUCCAGCACGGACAGGCGGCUGAGAAGGGGCCACAUCGCAGCCGCGACACCGCCGAGCCAUCCUUCCCUGAGAUACCCCUGGAUGGUACCCUGGCCCCUCCAGAGUCCCAGGGCAAUGGGUCCACUCUGCAGCCCAAUGUGGUGUACAUUACCCUACGCUCCAAGCGCAGCAAGCCGGCCAAUAUCCGUGGCACCGUGAAGCCCAAGCGCAGGAAAAAGCAUGCAGUGGCAUCGGCUGCCCCAGGGCAGGAGGCUUUGGUGGGACCAUCCCUUCAGCCGCAGGAAGCGGCAAGGGAAGCUGAUGCUGUAGCACCUGGGUACGCUCAGGGAGCAAACCUGGUUAAGAUUGGAGAGCGACCCUGGAGGUUGGUGCGGGGUCCGGGAGUGCGAGCCGGAGGCCCAGACUUCCUGCAGCCCAGCUCCAGGGAGAGCAACAUUAGGAUCUACAGCGAGAGCGCCCCCUCCUGGCUGAGCAAAGAUGACAUCCGAAGAAUGCGACUCUUGGCGGACGGCGCAGUGGCAGGACUCCGGCCUGUGUCCUCUAAGAGCGGAGCCCGUCUGCUGGUGCUGGAGGGGGGCGCACCUGGCGCUGUGCUCCGCUGCGGCCCUAGCCCCUGUGGGCUUCUCAAGCAGCCCUUGGACAUGAGUGAGGUGUUUGCCUUCCACCUAGACAGGAUCCUGGGGCUCAACAGGACCCUGCCGUCUGUGAGCAGGAAAGCAGAGUUCAUCCAAGAAUGGAUACUCCUGGAAGUACCAGUGAUUUACUUAGAAAAAUUGGACAUUCCUUACCGAUGGUGGUUCUUGUCUAAGUGCUCCAGAUUCACAGAUGGCCGCCCAUGCCCCAUCAUUCUUUGGGAUGCAUCUUUAUCUCCAGCAAGUAAUGACACCCAUUCUUCUGUUAAGCUCACCUGGGGAACUUAUCAGCAGUUGCUGAAACAGAAAUGCUGGCAGAAUGGCCGAGUACCCAAGCCUGAAUCGGGUUGUACUGAAAUACAUCAUCAUGAGUGGUCUAAGAUGGCACUCUUUGAUUUUUUGUUACAGAUUUAUAAUCGUUUAGAUUCAAAUUGCUGUGGAUUCAGACCUCGCAAGGAAGAUGCCUGUGUACAGAAUGGAUUGAGGCCAAAAUGUGAUGACCAAGGUUCUGCGGCUCUAGCACACAUUAUCCAGCGAAAGCAUGACCCAAGGCAUUUGGUUUUUAUAGACAACAAGGGUUUCUUUGACAGGAGUGAAGAUAACUUAAACUUCAAAUUGUUAGAAGGCAUCAAAGAGUUUCCCGCUUCUGCAGUUUCCGUUUUGAAGAGCCAGCACUUACGGCAGAAACUUCUUCAGUCUCUGUUUCUUGAUAAAGUGUACUGGGAAAGUCAAGGAGGUAGACAAGGAAUUGAAAAGCUUAUCGAUGUAAUAGAACACAGAGCCAAAAUUCUUAUCACCUAUAUCAAUGCACACGGGGUCAAAGUAUUACCUAUGAAUGAAUGACAAAAGAAACUUCUGGCUAGGGUGUUAGAUAUAUUUAUGCAUUUUUGGUUUUGUUUUUAAAUCAAGCACAUCAACCUCAAGCCCGUUUAGCAAUGAGGCAGUGUAGAUGAAUACGUAAAAUAAAUGACUUUAACCAAGUAGCUAUAAUGGGACUGAGCACUGUAUGCAUACUUAAAAAGGUUUUGAAAAACAAACUACUUGAGAAAUAUUUGUUUAUAUUUUUCUCUAACAUCAUGCUAUGUGUGAAUCUGAACAUCUGACAACAGAAGUUUCGGUUAUUAUUCUAGCUAAGUUUUGAAAACAUUUGUCAUGUUGUUUAAUAGAAGAGUGCAAACCAGAGGUACUGACUCCAUUAAUAAACCAUAUUUUGUGCCAUUUUGAGUGUUCUGACCAAAUACUAAUGGGAAUGAUUCUUGACAUUUUUCUGUUGCUGAUUGUUAACAUAGAGCAGUCUCUACACUACCCUGAGGCAACUCUACAUUGGGACACUGAGGCCCACAGCCUUCAAGAGCAUCAGAGCUGACCAUACAUUUAAACAGAAAUGCUGGUUUAUUUGCAAAAUCACCAGUAUAUUUUCUAUUGUGUCUAUAAAUAAUCAGCCAUUUAAGUACAAGAAUCAUAUUUUCCAUUCCUUUUUAGAAAUUUAUUUUGUUGCCCCUAUGGAAAUCAUUCACAUCUGACAAUUUAUAUGUUAAAGAGUUUUACUCUCUCUAUUUUGGUCCAAUUUGUAUCUAGUGGCUGAGAAAUUAAAUAAUUCUAAAGUAUGAAGUUACCUAUCUGAAAAUGUACCUACAGAGUAUCAUUUUAAAAUGGAUGUCUCUUAAAAAUUUUGUUACUUUUACAAACGAUGUAAUAUAAUUUAUGUACAUUUUAUUAAUAAUAGUAAAUUCCUUAAAAUUUGUUCUAUGUAGUUAUAUUUAAUUUGAUUUAAUGGUUACUGCCCAGAUAUUGAGAAUUGGUCCAAAUAUUGAGUGUGUUUCAAUAUAUUAUCUGGCUUAUUUCAACAUGAGUAAUAUGAGCAAAAUAAGUUAAAAUCUGCCUCUGAUCAAUUUUCCUCAUGGCUAGAGCUAAAACAGUAAAUUUGGACAAUAUUAAGCCUCAAAUAAUCAUCUCCAAACUCCCUCUAACACUUUUUAAAUCAGAUUGGAAGACAUGGACAAAUCAGGUUCAUGUGUUGCAUCUUUAUGUCCUUUGCCAAUAUCCAAGAUCAUCACAUAUGGCAGAUAUUCACAUAGAGUUUCAAAUUCAUAAUAGAUUACCAUUACCCUCCUACCCUUACACAUCCUACUCCUUAUUUAAAAGUUCUAUUUGUGACUUUUUCAUUUCCCGAAAGUUUAGAAAUACAAUUUGAGAAUGUUUAUAAUACAUUCUCUCCUGUCUUUUCACAGUCACGUCUGUUAUUGCUAAAAUACACCACAUUUUCUUUGUUCUGGUCAAGGGUAACUCAAUAUCUGUGUGAAAGAGAACUACUAACAACAUUACAAUAGAGGCUAGAUUUGAAAAAAAAUCUAUAGAUCUAAUUGAUACAAUUGUAGAACAAAAUGUCAAAAUAAUGUUUUAAGUAUAAGAGAAGAUGGGCCAAAGAGAGAGAGAUCAUUUGAAAAUCUAAUUGUAGCUUUUCUAGGCUCACAUUCAUGUACUACUUUUAGCACCCUUAUGGGCUGUGCUCGCCCCCUGGACAGUUGAACUUUGGAUUAUCUUCCUCUUCAAUUUUCCCUCUGUUGACCUGAGUGUCUCCCUCUGCUUCUACAGAUUUAUAGUACUCCUUGGCUCUUUUGAGUCUCCACUUUUACUCACUGUCUCUGGGAUUUUUGAGAUCCUUUUCUUCUCUUAUAAAUCAUCCUCUUAAUGAAAAUUAGCCUAACAAAAGUUUGGAGACUGGAGUUCUACUUUGAGCCACUGACUUGAAAUAACUCUUUUGGCACGUUGCCUGACAUCUUAUCUUACCAAGGUGGCGUAUUUGCAUUUUUACUGCUUAAAACAUUUUUUUUUUUACCAUCUUGAUCCAGAUUUAUCAUACUGAUGGUAGGACUAACAGGCUUUUUAGAAGCUGGCUUUAACUUUGAGUCUCAAGCUACAAUGCUGUUGGGCAGCCUGAUCUUCCCACGUGAGGGUUUAACUUUGUUUAUUUGCCUCCAGUUAUUCCAAAAUGCUUAUUAAAUGAAAGGCCCAGGAACAUGUUCAUUGUAGUCACCUUUGCUUUUUAACAAUUUUGUUUUGUAAUCAAUGAGUAAUUCAUGAUGAAUUAUUUUUGACUAAUGGAUAGCUGAAGGCCAGGCUUUUAAUUCUAAUAGGUAAUGUUCUUCUUUUGUCUUAUUGGAACAAUGAGAAUACUCUGUGCAUUUCAAAUGCACUCCGAUUAUGCUGUGGUUUCAUUCACAUAAGCACAAUAUGUGUUUUAUUUAUAACUUCAUAACAAAUUUAUAAUAUAAUAAUUUACCUUAGCAGACAUGCAAAAGCUUAUUCUUGUGUGACUUACUUUCUUUAAGCUAAUAAUAUAAAAAUAAAUAUGUAUCUUAAAAAUCUAUAAUAAAACAUUAGAAAUUAAAGAUAUGUGCUUUUUAUUUUGCAGAUGAGUUCAUUUGCUUUUGUAGAUGUGUUUUCAAAGCUAGGUACAGAGGAAUGUUUGCUACCUUUAGCGGUGAAAAAAGAAAGAGAGUCAAGAAUUUUGUUGGAUUGUGUUUGUGUGUGCAUAUAUUUGAUGUCAUCAUUAUAUUUGUAAUCUUUGGACUUGUAAUCAUAGCCUGUUUAUUCUACUGUGCCAUUAAAUAUACUUUACCUUAUACAUAACGAAUAAAAUCCUUAGAUGCAGACUUA